UUUGCGACGUGGAGCGCGGCGGGGCGCAGGCGCGGGGCCGCCUUCUCCCCCCUCCCCUCGGCGCCGAGCAGAGCCCGAGGCCGCCGGCCCCGACGCCUCCGGGGAGCGGGCUCUGAGGGCCGGUCGCUCCCCGCCCGCUUCUGUGCUUGUGGCCCGGUGCCGCCGCCUCCGCGCGGGACCGGGCAGCGUGGAGGAUGAGCUGGUUCAACGCCUCGCAGCUGUCCAGCUUCGCCAAGCAGGCGCUGUCGCAGGCCCAGAAGUCCAUCGACCGGGUGUUGGACAUCCAGGCCGAGGAGAGCCCCUGGCCCGACGCCGUCAUCCCCGACUACGGUGACGGAACAAAUUCUCUCAUAAGUGGAGGAUGGGAUACAUCUUCCUGGGGCUUAAGUUCAAAUACAGAACCACAGAAUCAACCAAUAUCACCAACAGCAAUCACUAAGCCAGUGAGGAGGACAGUAGUAGAUGAAUCUGAAAACUUCUUCAGUGCCUUUCUCUCUCCAACAGACGUUCAGAGUAUACAGAAAAAUCCAGUGGUGUCCAAACCUCCAGCCAAAUCACAGCGACCCAAAGAGGAAGUCAAAAGCACUUUAAAGGAGUCUCAGCACCCCAGUCAGCUGGAAGUGCCAGUGACAACAGAGGCAGAGGUGAAGGAUUGCUCUGUAGCUGGCCUAGUGGACUUGCAAAACCUUGAUAUUCCUAAGGAGAAAUUAGAGGAGAAUUCUGUGCUUAAAUCUAAUGCCAAGCAUGAAGAAAGCACAAAUGAAGUUACAGACAAAAACGCGUCUGCUCUAAAUUUGGAAGUACCUGAAGAUGCUCUUAAUGAAAAAUCUAGUGCAGGAGGGGAUGGAACGGGAGGCGCACCAGAUAGCGCUUCUCAGCCUCUUAAUGCAGGUACAAGAGACAUGGGUUUGGAAACUAAGGAGCGAAAGACUGAGGACAGGCAAAGCAAUACACCGUCACCUCCGGUUAGCACUUUCUCCUCGGGGACAUCCACAACUAGUGACAUUGAAGUACUGGACCAUGAAAGUGUAAUAAGUGAGAGCUCAGUAAGUUCAAGACAAGAAGCUGCAGAUUCAAAAUCCAGUCUUCAUCUAAUGCAAACAUCAUUUCAGCUUUUAUCUACAUCUGCCUGUGCAGAUUAUAAUCGUUUAGAUGACUUUCAAAAAAUGACCGAGAGCUGCUGCUCCUCUGAUGCUUUUGAAAGAAUUGAUUCAUUUAGUGUACAGUCUUUAGAUAGUAGAAGUGUAAGCGAAAUAAAUUCAGAUGAUGAGUUAUCAGGCAGGGCUUCUGCUUCAGCAUCUGUCGCUGUCAGUCCUUCUGCGCCAAAGACAGAAACAGUUGAUGCCCUGAAAAAUAAAUCUGAAAAUUUGAAUGACACUCCUGUUGUACAUUCUGAGGAAGCCGAGAUGGAAGAGAGUGGGAGAAGCGCAACCCCUGUUAAUUCUGAGCAGCCAGAUGUUUUGGUUGCUACUGUGCAAACUGUUGAAGAACAGAUUGUGAAAGAGGAGACUGAGCUACAGCAGGAUGCUGCUGACAAAUUGUUAGAAGAGGACAGUGAAAAGCAAGAGCUUAAAAAGAUGAUUGAUUCAUUAACUGAGAAACUGGAGAAGAGGGAAAUACAGUUAUUAAGUACUAGUAAAGAAAAGGCACGCCUGGAAGAAGCUUAUGAUAACCUAAAAGACGAAAUGUUUAGAAUGAAAGAAGAGAGCAGUAGCCUUUCAUCUCUUAAAGAGGAGUUUGCUCAGCGAAUUGCAGAUGCUGAAAAGAAGCUCCAGCUAGCCUGCAAAGAGAGAGAUGCAGCUAAAAAGGAAGUAAAGACUGUUAAAGAAGAACUGGCUACUAGACUUAACACCAAUGAAACUGCCGAAUUACUGAAAGAAAAAGAAGAGCAAAUCAAAGGAUUAAUGGAGGAAGGAGAAAAGCUUUCCAAGCAGCAGCUGCACAAUUCCAACAUUAUUAAGAAAUUAAGAGCCAAAGAGAAAGAGAGAGAAAAUAUUAACACAAAACAGAACAAAAAGAUUAAGGAAUUGGAAGAGGAGUUGCAGCAUUUAAAACAGGUGCUUGAUGGCAAGGAAGAUCUUGAGAAGCAGCACCGAGACAGCAUUAAACAACUGAACAGCGUUGUAGAGCGACAAGAAAAGGAUCUUGCUAAACUUCAGGUGGAAGUGGAAGACCUUGAAGAACGGAACAGAAGUGGCCAGGCUGCGCUUGACAGUGCAUACAAGGAACUUGCAGAUCUUCAUAAAGCUAAUGCUACAAAGGACAGUGAGGCACAAGAAGCAGCCCUAAGUCGGGAAAUGAAGGCAAAGGAAGAGCUUGGGUUAGCUCUGGAGAAGGCACAGGAUGAGGCACGACAGCAACAAGAAGCUUUGGCGAUUCAGGUGGCAGACCUGAGGCUAGCACUACAACGUGCAGAACAGCAGGCAGCAAGAAAAGAAGACUAUUUACGCCAGGAAAUCGGUGAAUUACAACAGAGACUCCAAGAAGCAGAGAGCAGGAACCAAGAACUAAGUCAAAGUGUUACAUCUGCUACACGGCCGCUUCUCCGGCAGAUAGAAAAUCUGCAAGCCACGCUGGGAGCACAAACCUCUGCAUGGGAAAAAUUGGAAAAGAACCUUUCUGACAGACUUGGUGAGUCUCAAACUCUUCUAGCAGCAGCUGCUGAGAGAGAACGGGCUGCUACAGAAGAACUUCUUUCUAAUAAAAUUCACAUGUCUUCUACUGAAUCUCAGAAUAGUCUUUUAAGGCAAGAAAAUACACGCCUUCAGGCUCAGCUAGAAGUGGAGAGAAACAGAUUGAAGAAAAUGGAAAAUGAGAACAGUAGGUAUGAGGUUGAACUAGAAGGACUCAAAGAUGAGUAUGCAAAAACCUUGGAAGAUGCAAAGAAAGAAAAGACGCUGCUAGCUACUCAGUUAGAAAUGGAGAAGAUGAAAGUUGAACAAGAAAGAAAGAAGGCAAUUUUUGUGCAAGAAGCAGCAAAGGAGAAGGAUCGGAAGUCAUUUACAGUUGAAACUGUUUCAAGUACUCCGACUAUGUCACGCUCUAGUUCCAUAAGUGGAGUUGACAUGGCAGGUCUUCAGACAUCUUUCCUCUCACAGGAUGAUCCUCAUGAUCACUCAUUUGGGCCAAUAGCUACUAGUGGGAGCAAUCUUUAUGAUGCUAUAAGGAUGGGAGCAGGUUCAAGUAUAAUUGAAAACCUUCAAUCACAGCUAAAACUAAGAGAAGGAGAGAUUUCACAUCUACAGCUGGAAAUCGGAAACCUUGAGAAAACUCGAUCAAUAAUGGCAGAAGAACUGGUUAAAUUAACAAAUCAAAAUGAUGAACUUGAAGAAAAAGUGAAGGAAAUACCAAAAUUACGUGCACAGUUAAAGGAUUUGGAUCAAAGAUACAAUACAAUUCUUCAGAUGUAUGGAGAGAAAGCAGAGGAAGCUGAAGAACUCCGACUGGAUCUCGAAGAUGUGAAAAACAUGUACAAGACUCAGAUAGAUGAACUCUUAAAACAAAGACAAAAUUAAUUGCUGCUGGAACUCUCAACACUAUAUGAUAACACAUUGUAAAGAUAAUUGUUUAUGUAAAUGCUGAAUUUAAAUGUCUUGUAAAAAAAUAACUGUAUUAUAGAAAGUGUGACUAUAUAACAGAGUUCAUAUGUUGACAAAAAAAAUCAAUGCUUUAAGUGUCUUGUACUGUCUGCAGUUAAAUUAUUUGUGCAAUAUUUAAUUUUUUUUCUCAGUCAUCCCUUAUUUACAUUUUUGCUAAACAGUGGACCAUUUUACUUGUAAACAGUAGCAGAAAUGAUUGUUACCUCGUGAGACCAGCACUGGAAGGCAUGAGUUUUACUAAAGCAGUCUUGGAUUCAUAAAGUCUGUAUAUUUAUGAAAAUGAUGUUAGAAGUCUUUUUUAAGUGUUCUUAAUAUGAGUUUUUGUAAAAUCUCAUCAGUAAAUUUUUAAUAACAAAAUAGCAGUGGCUACCUAUCUGAAGCAUAAUUGGUGGGUAUUUUUGAGAGGAGAAUCUCAUGUUUGUACUCGUAACAUCUGAACGUGUUAGGAUGGCAAUUCUCUAUUCUUAGACAGAUUAGUCUAUUUUACACUGUCCUCUAAGCAGAGUAUGAGACUUUAUAAAUUACAGCUUCACCUUGUAUAUUGCUUGUGCUGUCUAGAGGCAGCAGCUCUGCUUUAAUUCUAAAUGUGUUUAACUUCUAACACCAAAAUCUGAACUAUUCUGUAUUUAUCCUAGGAUGCUGAUUUUUAACAGUAGCUAAAACAGUUCAGAAGAAUGCAGAAAAAUGAUUAUUUUUUUUAAAUGCUGCUGCUCUCAUGGUUUCUUGUGUGUAUAUAUAUAUAUAUAUAAAGUAGCAAGGCUUAGACUUUUUGCAUAACUGUACUGUGACUUAAUAUAGUUUUCAAGCAAGUCUCCAGUGGCUGCAAAGUAUUUCUCAUGCCAUUCCUGAAGCAAGGUAUUGGUCAAAUAGCAUCCACGUGGCAUGAUGUUCAGCUGCAUUUUCGGUAAUGUCAGAGAAAACGUUUGAAUUGGACCCUUGGGAAUGCUGAGAAUUGGGGGAAGAAGCUUGCGUUUUCCUCUCUGCAUUCCAGACAGCAAAUAUUUUGCUACAUCUCAGAACUGUAGCUGUGCCAGGCACUCGUGUGAAAUGCUCGGCAAUUGAAAUUCUUUGCUUAUCAUACCAUUGCCUCGAGUGUGAGAGGGUUUUUUUCACGUUUGUGCACGCUGUAAUUUGUGUUAGAGCUCUGUUCCUGCUUGUGCAUUCAGUGGCCUGAGAGCGAGAAAGGAUGUGAAUGAUGAGAAAUUGCUUCUGGAGAAAAGCCUCUCAGUAAUAUGACUCUUCUAUGGGUGUGAGGGGUUUAUCCCUUGGGGGGAGAACAGUGAGGCACUGAAGUUACACAGGCAAGGAAGGGUAUGUUCGUGGAAAAACCUAGUUCAGUUUGAGAUUCAGAUUCUGAGGAUUUCAAUAAAGCCAUAGAGCAAGAACACUAAAAUUUGUCUUAACUCGCCAUCUGUCAUAGAAACUUUAGUAAAAUAAAAGACUUUUUCCCAUCCCCCAUGGGGAGGUGGGAAGGAACUACCCUCUUACUAUCUUAGUUUCACUUCUGGAAACCAAGGCGAAAACAUUUUUCUUAAAAAAAAUCAGAGUUUAACAAUUUGACUUCAUAUUAAAGCAUGGUUUAACAAACAAAACCACCAAAAAUAUCAAACCCACUCCAUAUAGAAGCACUUGUUGGAACUUACUGAUUUGUUGUGUGUUAGAAUUAUGACAUGCAAGUGUUAGAAGUUCAGCCUUUUCUUAAAAAACAACCAAACAAAAAACCCCAAACUUUUUAUGGUCAAAGAUUAUAAAUUCUAUUCAGCUUUUAUCUGCUACAGCGAAUCAAUAAAUUGCUGAUUUUCACAAUUCUUUACUGUCUUGGUAGACAAAUGCAGCGCUCAAAAAAAUAAAAUCCUUUGAACUUUUAUUUGGACCUGUUAGUGCCAGUGCUUUUGAAGGUGACAUUUCCUGUGUAGUGUGUGCGUAGAUGCUCCUUAGGGGCUGACACAGGUGCAGUUUUGAGAAUGUCUCAGACUAUCUUGGGUUUUCAGGAAGUACUUAAGUAAGUAGGAAACUUUAACACGCAGUCAGCAUUAACUGGUUUAGAUGUAAAAGCAUUUGUCAAAGUAUUAGAUUUUUAAAUUUUACAUAGUAGAUGUAAAUAUUUGUAUUGACUAUUUUUGGAUUCUUUAUUCCCAUUUAGCGCAACCUUUACUAUUACAUGAGAAUCAGAUGGCCUACUGUGUCUUAAUCAUCAAAGCCUUAGAAAACAAAGCGGCUGUUGGAAGGUAACAGACUUUAUUCUGUUUUGAUCAUCUUUGAUAUAAAUCUUAUGUGCUUGUUUUGAAGAAACAUUAUGAUUAAUGUCUGCUCGGACACCUUAAGUUCAUUGCUAGUACUGAGAGUGCCGAGAAAAGUAAUGUGCAAAAUGAAAGGACUGAGGUAAAUGCUAAUGUCUGCUUCUGUUUAAAUUUAUUUAGAAUAUUCCUCCUGAAAGCAACUAAUUUAUGCCUUAUUUUCACUGCAUAUGCAAGUAUGAAGAACUGCUGUGUAAAGGCUUACUCAAAGUACACUGGUCAGAGGGGGCAUGUUCGAACACAGGGAGAUGUUCAAAAUCUUACGUAUCCAUACAUGAGAGAGGGGAGUAGUUCUAUUAUUUUUUUUUGUCCUGCUACAAGUUUGUUGCAAUUUAUGUAGGUAUGUUUUACUAAGGGCUAUAAUGAUCCUGAAUAUAAAAUGUAAUUGGAACCCUUGGUUUCUAGUUGUAAAAUGUGUAUAAACUGUAAAAAAGCAUGGGUCAGGGUGAAAUAAAAUUUUGUGCUAAGA